GCCUCCAAGAGGCAACCAAAGGAGGCUUGGAAGCUGCCAUCCCGCUGGAUGGUCCCAUAUAAAUGCUUCGACUUUUCUCUUUGUGGUCCUAGGUGACAUAAGACUGGAUUCGAACGCAAAACUGGACCACGGUGCAACCACGCUGGGUACCUUAAUACCUCUCAGAUCUCGGCGUACCCUUCUCUGAAGUACAGAAGGGGUCUCAAGACACCCGCACAGCCUUCACUACCUACCACUUCAGCCGAGCUGGGGCCCCCUACCCGGAAGGUCCGGCCCACCCGAGCCCCCCGUCGGUCGUGCUCGCAGCGAGCGGUGCAUUGUGGGGCUUGUAGUGUGGCGGGGUCGCGCGGGUGGGCGCGGCCACAGCACCAUCUUCCGAGGCAGGCCAGUCCGUCUUGCGCCCGGCCCAGCCACGCUCCCUGGCCAAAUGGCGCCGCGGCCCCUGGGCCCGUUGGUGCUGGCCCUGGGUGGCGCGGCGGCCGUGCUCGGCUCGGUGCUCUUUAUCCUCUGGAAAGCUUACUUCGGCCGCGGCCGGGAGCGGCGCUGGGACCGGGGCGAGGCCUGGUGGGGCGCGGAAGCCGCCCGCCUCCCUCAGUGGGACGAGUGGGAGCCCGAGCACGACGAAGAUGAGCCGGCACUGGAGGGGCUGGAGCAGCGAGAAGUGCUCGUGCUGGGCUUGGAUGGCUCUGGGAAAAGCACCUUUCUGCGCAUGCUUUCUGGGAAGCCACCUCUGGAAGGCCACGUCCCCACCUGGGGCUUCAACUCCGUGAGGCUGCCCACCAAGAAUUUCGAGGUGGACCUGUUAGAGAUUGGUGGCAGCCAGAACCUUCGCUUCUACUGGAAGGAGUUUGUGAAUGAGGUGGACCUGCUGGUGUUCAUGGUGGACUCGGCUGAUCGGCUAAGGUUGCCCUGGGCUCGGCAGGAGCUGCAGAAACUGCUGGACAAGGACCCUGAUCUGCCUGUCAUUGUAGUGGCCAACAAGCAGGACCUGACUGGGGCCAUGAGCCUGUUGGAGCUGCAGCAGGAGCUGGGUCUGCUCACUACUGACAACCAGAGGGAGGUUUUCCUCUUGGCAGCUAGCAUUGCCCCUGCAGGAUCUGGCUUCGAGGAACCCGGCACUGUGCGAAUCUGGAAACUGCUCUUAGAGCUUCUCUCCUAAACUGGACACACCGGCUUGCUGCCUAGCUUUGGAGGGCACAGUUCUGCUUCCUCCUGCAUCUUCUUUGCCAGCCUAGGCCUUGGCAGAAGCAUCAUAGCAACACUUCCUCUCUCCCCUCCAGAGCAAGGCCAAACCAUGCAGAAGCCUUCCUACUGAGGUGGACAUGGGUGAGGUAGGGAGGUGUGAAGGCAGACCAUGACUGCCUCAGGCCCCCAAGGGACUCCAGCUUCCUUUCCUUCCUGCACAGUAUGCUGCUCAGUGGAUGCAGUGUCCCUCUCUGAGCUCCCACUGGUUGGAGAGCCAGUGUGGAUAUCACAGGUGCUCCUGAACCUCAGGUCUCCCAUUUUACUGUUCAUACAUUUUUAUGUGGGAAGGGUCUGGGUAGAAGGCAAUGAGUCUGGGCUCCCAGGCCUUCAUCUUACAGCCCCUGCUCCCUCUGUGGCCUUGGGUUUCUGCCUUUCUGGCCCCAGAGCUAUCAUUUUAAAGGGAGGUGGUUUCCCUGUUUUUUUCUAAAUGCCAGCCCUGUCAAUGCCAAAUGAAGAUCAACCUCUAGACUUUAGCAGGGAAUUUCCUGAACACCUCCCAGCUGUCAAGGCCUGGCCUGCCAGCCUUUCUUAACCACAAGUGCAGUUCACUGAACAGGGUGAAGGCUAGUUUUCCCCUGGAGACAACCUCUGCUUUUGUACUAACUGUGCCAAUGCCCAUGUUUACAGAAGUCUAGAGAAGGGAGGAGGAGUCCUGGAACAAGACUGGAGCUGGGGUAGGGGUUAGCCUCAGAAUGGCAUUUUAUUUAUUUAUUUGUGUAUUUAUCAAAGGACUAGGCCAAAGUUCUAGGUGCUGUAAUCCAAACCCUAGGAGGCUGUCUAGAAAAUAUGGAGCUUUGAGAACUAUCUGGAAUCAUGAUUGACAUAAGGUAACCUACGGGUGCCAAUGGAGACAGAACUGUAGCUUUCCCUUCCUCCGACCUGGCCUGGAGCCCACACCUGGAGACAAGUACUUCAGAAAGGCCUAGUACUUAGAUUCUCCAUAUGGCCCAGGACACAGGACAGGACUACUGGAAGAGCCAUCAGAGUGGCCUUGGGCACAUCACCAAGCCUUCUGGGACCAUUUAUUCACCAGCCAAAGCAGAGGCUGAAAUUGUGUGCUCUGCAGUGAACAUUCCAUGACUGGUGAUCAACCAGGGCAAAGCCGGUCUUCGUGUAGACAGACACUGGUGCAGGCGAAGGAGCCUUUGGUCUGCCAGGGGCUACUGAAGGAGAACAGUUACCAAUGGACUGUUUUGUUUUUAAGGCUGUAUCCCAUGUUUUUUUUUUUUUUGUUUUUUUUUUUUUUUUUUUCUGACAGGGUGUCACUCUAACCCAGGCUGGCCUUGAAUUAAUGGUAGUCAUCCUUCCUCCUUCCACCUCCCAUGCGAGGGGAUUGUGGGGCCAUCAUGCCUGGCUUUCAGUUUGCUUUUUGAGAAUAGACUGUGUGCCAUGUUGCCAAUUGCCCAACAUGCAACCUGUGAAGUAGAAAGCUUCCAAGUUGAAGUGAGCACAAUCAUCAGAAGAGGGCUCUACUUACUGUGCCCUUGGACUGCAGCCCAUGAAAAUGGAAUUGAUUAGAAGUGAUUUUUCUGCUUUUGUAUGAAAUGUUUAAGGAAUGACUUGGAUUUCAGAGUGAAGUUUUAUUGGCAACUUUUCAUUUGUCAGUGGGAAGGUGAGAAACCGUACUCUCCAGUGCUUAAAGCUUACUUUGGAACCAGACUUGUUGAGACAGACUCUUUUUCCUAAUUUAAAAUCCUCUAACAAGUAUCAUCUUGUACAAUUGUCAUAUUUCCGAAGGUGAAGGGGGUGAAUUUAAAAUAAAAAAAUUUCGCUGUG